AAAGGCCCUUGCAGCUUUUUUUCCGUCCGGGAGGGCACGGCGGACAGCCGGCGUGACUGCUCUGGGUCGGUGGCCGUGGGUGCGUGGGGACUCCCCAAAGGUACAGCGGAGGGGCCCCCGGAAGUCUGGCGACUCGAGCCCUCUCCGGCUCCUCCAUGCUUGGCUGGAGGCUGCUCGCUCAGGCCAGGUUCCAGGUGCUGGGCCGCCGCGCUGGGACCCUGGACGCUGCCCGGGGCUCCGGGAACAGAACAGACAUCUGGCUUUUAGUUAGAAGUCUCCAUGGCAAGAGUGGUACUUGGUGGGAUGAGCAUCUUUCUGAAGAAAAUGUUUCAUUUGUUAAGCAGUUGGUCUCUGAGGAAGAUAAAGCUCAAUUAGCAAGUAAACUGUGUCCUCUGAAAGAUGAACCAUGGCCUAUACAUCCUUGGAAACCAGGUUCCGCUAGAGUAGGCCUUGUCGCACUGAAAUUGGGCAUGAUGCCUUUAUGGACCAAAGAUGGUCAAAAGCAUGUGGCCACAUUACUCCAGGUACAAGACUGUCAUGUCCUGAAAUAUACUCCAAAGGAAAACUGUGAUGGAAAAAUGGCAGCCCUAACUGUAGGAGGAAAAACUGUAUCCCGUUUCCGUAAAUCUACAGCUAAAUUGGAAUUUUACCAAGAACUUGGAUUGCCACCAAAACAGAAAAUUAAAAUAUUUCGCAUAACAGACAAUGCUGCAAUUAAGCCAGGCACUCCUCUCUACGCUGCUCACUUUCGCCCAGGACAGUACGUGGAUGUCACAGCCAAAACCAUUGGUAAAGGUUUUCAAGGUGUCAUGAAACGAUGGGGAUUUAAAGGCCAGCCUGCUACUCAUGGUCAAACGAAAACUCACAGGAGACCUGGAGCUAUUUCAACUGGUGAUGUUGCCAGAGUCUGGCCUGGAACUAAAAUGCCUGGACAAAUGGGAAACAUCGAUAGGACAGAAUUUGGACUGAAAAUUUGGAGAAUAAACACAAAACACAAUAUAAUCUACGUAAAUGGCUCUGUACCUGGACAUAGAAAUUGCUUAGUAAAGAUCAGAGAUUCUAAACUACCUGCAUAUAAGGAUUUCGGUAAAAAUCUACCAUUCCCCACAUACUUCCCUGACGGAGAUGAAGAGGAGCUACCCGAGAAUUUGUAUGAUGAAGAUGUGUGUCUCCCCAGCUCACCUUCUGUCACAUUUGCCUGACCUCACUGGACACGGAAGAACACAUAUGUUUUUAACUUGGAUGAGCCAGAACAAUAAUACACCCAGGAAUUAUAUUUUGCUUUCUAAGCCACAAUAAUAUCAUACUUGCCACCUUUGUCAAGAGCAAAAGUGUGUCAUUUGUCCUUCAAUGGCAUUUUUUAAAAUAUCACCAUAAUAAAUCAGUUAAGCAGAUUGGAUAUGCCACAUUUAGAUGGACUCACAGUUUGCAUAUUAGCAAAAUCUUUGUGAUUUGUGGAUUUUAUUCCUCUUUUUACUACAUGUUUUUCAAGUUAUCUUAAGAUCAACUUUUCACAUUAUCUAUGUUCAUAUAUCUAAUUCAGCUAAAAACCUGUCUUUGUGAACACACAGCUGUGGGGCAGUAGCAACUGUAUUGGGAACAGCGGUGCAGCCUGUGUGGAUAGCAUGACCCAUGUGUGUCCUGAGGUCCUGUUCUGUCAGUCUUCUGCCCUCAGAGUCCUAAAAGAGAGGGAAGGGAGCUUUCUGUUUAAACGACAGAAACACAGAUGUCAUAGUACAAGGCCUGCCAAAGACAAUAAAAUCAUAAAGUAUGGGUCUUAUUUACACUUUCAUUGAGAGAAAUAUUUACUUUUUAGUUUGAUCCCUCAACUAUGAGAUAUGUAUAAUCACUUUUUCAUGAUGCCUUCUAAAAAGGAUUUGAAAUGGCCUGGAGCAGUACAUUCAACACACUUUUAUUAAGUACCUAUUGCUGAAAAUGUUAAUGGCUCCUGAAUUCUCUUCAUUGUAUGAAAUUAAAAUGUGUUUACCAAUGGCUACUUAUGACAAGCAAUUAAGCUUAACAAUGUUAAGUAUAAGCAGGCCUCAUUUAACUGCUGGAUUUACUCUGGACCAGAUUCCUGAGGUCCCACAGAAUUCAUUUUAACUCCAGAUGGUGUCUGAGACUUGAUUCAUAUGGCCACCCAAGAGACUUAUUAAGCAUAGUGUUAGGUCUCCACGUGAGCUCAUGAUAACUAAUGAGUUUGUUGUUGAAAAGGUCUCAUAAUAUCUUCCUGCCUGUAUCCUAUUUCUCUCAUUCUUAAUUUUAAAUCCAAAUGUAGACACAUCUUAAGUUUUUAUUUACCUGCCAUCUCAUUCUAUUAAAGAUUUGUGGAAAUUGACAGGAGAUUCAUGCAGUAAAAUGAUUUAGGGGGAAAUAUCUAGAAAGAUACAAAUCCACACAGGUGCAGGGUUGGGAAGGAAUGAUGCCAGUGUGACAUAGACAAGCAAGCAGCCUAUAUGAUGUGUGGUUGUCACACACGGGUUCGCUCUAAUCUUCCUGGAUACCAAAGUAAGACAGGUAACUUCCUCGAGAGGAAUCAUUUUAAACUGGAGUAAGUCUUGGUUUCCAUACUAUUUUUUUACUAGAAACAUAAAUAACCUAUCAACCUACAGAUUCCUGAACUUGUUAAAAGAUAAGCAGACGUCAUACACAAGGGUAAAAUAUUAAACACAUUCUUCUCGGGGAUCAAACAGAAACACCCUUUACUAAUUCUGUUCAGCAAUGUUCUUGGAGGUCCCAGCCAGUGCAAUAAGACACACAAAAAGUAAUGAGAUAUACAUAUAUUGGAAAGUGAGAAUAAAUCUUAAUAUUUAUAAGAUGCUCUACCUAGAUGAUCAAAGACAAAUUAACUGACAACCUAUCAGAACCAGUGAAGAAAGUUCAAAAAAGUGACUGACUGAAUACAGAAUUAAUAUACAAAGACAUAAUAGCAAUAUUUAAUUGAGAAAUUUUAUGGGAAGAAAAUGGAAUCCACUCACAAUAGCAAUUUUUUAAAAACGUUGCCUGGAAAAAGGUCUAACAUUUCCUAAUGGAGAAAAUAAAAUUUUAUAGGACAUUAAAAAAUAAUAGAGAACAAUAUUCUGGUUAUGAAUGAGAAGACUUAAUAUUGUAAAGAAUUCAACCCUAUUUUUAAAAUCUCAACAGGACUUGCCAUAGUAUUCAAACUGAUUCUAAAAUUCAUGUGAACAUAUAAAGUCAAGAAUAACCAAAACUUAAAAUUAGUUAGUAUGACCCAUACUGUACUUAGGGACUUAGGCUUACUUAAUUUUGAAAUUCAGAAUACUGUAUGCCUUAACUCUUUAAUUAGCUACAUUCUAUUAAAGAUUUUACUGAGAGCCCUGGGCAGGUAGCUCACUUGGUUCUGAUAAGCCACGGUUGUGGGUUUGAUCCAUGGUCAGGGCACAUACAAGAAACUGAUGUUGUGUUUUGUUUCUCUCUAAAAUCAAUAAAUAUAUUUUUUUAAUUUUACAAAGGUUUUAAUGACUAGCCCAUCAAUGCAGAUCAGAAUGUGUUAAAGGCCAGGGUGGGUCUUGGUGGAGGAAGGUUAAGGGGGGAAAUAGGGGACAUCUGUAGUAGUGUCAACAUUUGAAAGAU